CGAAAAUCGGCAUCAGUGUCAUUCGAGUGUUGGAAGUGUAAAUAUACACAUUUUAUCAGCGAAUAUUCUUGAGUGGUCCUCCUUUUCUCUUCCUUCUGAGGAUGAGGAUCAACACGCCCACAGGGCAGGUGGCGGUGGGCGUGGGGGUCGGUGUGGGCGCCCUGGUGGCCUGGUGGGCGUGGCGUCGGGCGACAGCCAAUCAGCUCCCGACGAACUGGGAAGAAGUGGGCGUGGUUUCGAAGCUAAAUCUGUACCCCCUGAAGUCUGGUCGGCCAGUGUCCGUCUCCGAGGCAGACGCGACGGAACGAGGCCUCUCUGCGGACGGCGCUCUUGACAGGUCAUUCCUGGUCAUGAAGAAGGACGGGCCGCUGUUGACAGGUCGCCAGGUUCCGAAGCUGACCCGAGUCACCAUCAGCUUCAAAGGUCAUAAGGUGACCUUCGAGAGCCCGGACAACCCCGCUGGGCCGAUUGAGGUUGACCUUGAGUUGGUGGCCAGGGAGGCGAAGGAGGUUGAGCUCGUCGUCUUCGGGGCCAACGCCAGAGGACUCGACUGCGGCGACGAGGUGGCUGCGUGGAUGAGCCAAGCUAUCUCGGCGGGAGAGACCGCAGUUCGACUCCUGUACAACGGCGAGGACCCCCUGACCCAGCGCUGCGCCAGGCGGGCUCCUUACUACGACUUCCAGCACAUCCGGAACUCCGAUAAGGUGACUUACGCCGACACGUGCGCAUACAUGCUGGCCUCAGAAUCUUCUCUUGCCGACCUGAACGCCCGUUUGGCCGAACCUGUCACGAUCGACUGGUUCCGUGCCAACGUUGUGGUCCAGGGCUCGGCGGCAUAUGACGAGGACGACUGGGCCUUCGUCAGGUUCGGAGGGGAAGGCGAAGAAAGCGUGGUGCUGAGGAGGUUGAAGCCCUGUGAUCGGUGCAUAUUCACGACUGUAGAUCCUUACAAAGGUUGCAAGACAGCUGAUCAGGAACCUAUGACAACUCUGAGGAAGUACCGCCUCUUGGACGGCCCAGAGAAGCUAGCCAAGGCGUGGGCCAUCAAGCCAGUGUUCGGUUCCCACAUGGGCAUCGACGUGUGCGGAAAGGUCAAGGUCGGGGACAAGGUUUGGGUGGCCAGAGCCUCGUCCAACCCCAAGUGGCACUUCUAAGGAACCUCAGAGGUGGCACUCUCGAGGUGGCACUCUUGGGGACAUAAUGGGGAGAACCACUGCGAUUGGAGGAACGGCAAGUGUAGCCGUAUCUUUAGGUUCUCUGUGACUCUACUGGUAGAGCUUUGAGUGGCUGCUUUUUAUUUUUAUUUUAUUUAUUUAUUUGUUAUUAAUAUUGUUAGAGAGAGAGAGAGAGAGAGAGAGAGAGAGAGAGAGAGAGAGAGAGAGAGAGAGAGAGAGAGAGAGAGAGAGAGAGAGAGAGAGAGAGAGAGAGAGAGCGUUGGAGGGAUAACUUUGAGUGCGUGUUGUUGACAGUCUUGGAGAGAACUUAAAGUUAUAGUUUCACUUGCCUAAAGAGCUGGUUUUCUGCCGUUCAUCCAUUUGCAGAGGGAAGGUAAAUGGAAAACAUUGAAACUCUGAUCAAAAUGUAGAUUUAGAUGUAUUUUACUUUGUAAUACAAUCAGUCUAUGUAAUUUCACACAAAGACAACGCAAGCGAUCUUUCGACCUGCAGCAGAUCAUUGAAGAAAUACAAAUGUCGCAACAUCCUUCCCAGAGAAUAUUAGGCGCCAGGAAGGGAACUGGGAUAGAGAACAUCACCCAGACAAACAAAUAAACAAAAAGAAAACAAA